CAAUAAGCAAUGCAAGCAGUUGUCUUUACUACUGUGUGAACACUUGCUUGUGCACUUGUUGUAGACCCUUUGGCUCUACCGAACCUCACCCCGUUCAAGUCAACCUUCAGUCUGAGGAGUCCCUUUCAGUGGUAGGGGACCGAGAUUCGUCACACAAUAACACAGGCGAUCUUCGAUCUCUGCUCCAUGCCAGAAUUUGUCGAGCCCCUGCGGUCCGAAGCGCAAGUAGCGCUCGCUCAAACCAACGGAGAAUGGCAAUUCUCAACGACCAAGAAACUCGCUCGUUUGGACAGUUUCCUAAAGGAAUCCCAGCGCCUGAAUCAAUCUACGUUCCUCGGCUUCCAUCGCAAGGUAAUGUCCCCCAUCAAGCUAUCCGACAACACAACAAUCCUCCACCCCGGAAUCACCAUAUCAAUGCCCGGAUAUGCCAUGGCGCGCGAUUCCGCAUUCUACGGCGAUGACGACCCCCUACGCUUCAACCGCCUGCGCUUCUAUCUCCCUUACAAGGAGGAGGAUGACAUAAGUACUACUAGUAGUACCGAUCAUGCACGGCACCUAGACUACACGGGCAUUGAGCCGGGGAAUAUCUCGUGGGGCAGCGGAAGGUUCACCUGCCCCGGGCGAUGGUACGCGGCCGCCAUGAUCAAGCUGAUCUUGGCCAGCCUGCUGCUCGACUAUGACGUUUCGUUUCCCCCUGGACAAACUGAACGGCCGCAAAACGUCAAGUAUGACACGGAGCUGCUUCCGGAUUUUGGGCAGAGGAUCGUUCUGCGGAAGCGGCGAGUUGCCUGAUUCCUCUUGGUUGUAUGUACUGUACAUGUGAGCGACUCGGCGGUGGUAAACUUUUCACGACACUGCGGAGAUUUCAGUUACGGUGUAGAUGGUAUCAGAUGUUGGGUUUAUAUAGUUCCUGGUUGGUACUAGCAGGCUCGCUCAAUGGCUCCGUCGCCAAGUUCAAGUUGGGUACUAAUACAAGAGAAUAAUCUUCGGUUAUCUGUUUGCUCCGUCAAUCAACAAAGUUGAACUUUGAUCGGCACGUCAAGUUCGGGACGCCAGGCG